AUGGAAUACACUGUUCCGUUGACUGAUUGCGUUGGCUAUGUUAUUGAACAUAGUCAUGUUCAAAUUGUAUUAGAUGUCAAAUAUGAUACAAACAAUGAAACAGCUGUGAAAAAUUCGUUUCUCAUUCUUCACGUUACACCUCGAAAUAUGACGGUACAACAACCGGCAUCUGUACUGGAUUCUAUAUUCAGCAAGUUAAAUUCUAGUACAAGUAACGGAACUAUGGAGGAAAAUGUAUCGUCAGCAAUCGUUACACUCCAAACUCCGUUAACAUCUGUAAUAAAGCCAAUCAAACAAUCUUCGCCUGUCUAUUGUACUUACCCAGCAUCAAAAUCACAGUAUCAUUGUUUACCUCAAUUUCAAUCAACAUCAUCGCCAACAUUAUCUAAUCAAAAUACAAUUACAUUUCGAAAUCAACGGAAUCCGGAACACAAACAGUUUAUGUUAAGUUCUCCAGCAGCUGUUACUACCACCAGUCAAUCUUAUCCAACUAGACAAUCUUCACCUGUUUUAACUAGAAUGAUAAAUUUAAAACGAUCAAAUUCCUCAAAUAUGUCGUUUCCAAAAACAAUUAUUUGUUCGUGUUUAAAGCCACACAUUGCUCACGAUCUUGCGUGUCCAGCAUCAAAUUGUCACUUAUCAGACAAGCAACUAUUAUUGCCAAAUAAUCAAAAAAUUGUUCAUACACCGACCAUUCCUUUAUCUUUAACUAUGCCACACCAACAUCAAUCCUUCAUAAUGAAUAAUUCGCCAUCAUUACCAAUCGGAGGCGUUGCUUUGAACAACAAUCAACAACAACAAGCAGCAGACUUUAAUCCUCAAAUCAAAUUACCUCGUAUAGACUUACAACAGUUUGAUAAUAAUGUGUUAACGCUAAAUGGAAUAGUAAUACAUACCUCUCAAAUCAAUCAACAACAUCAAGGACAAUAUUCACCGUUGGCUUCACCUUCAACAUCCAUUAUUAAUCCAUUACAAUUACCCGUCGUCAAAUUACAAGACAUUAAAUAUAUUCCAAACAUGCCACAACAACAACAACAACAGAAAUCACCAGUUAUGGGUCGACAGCAAAGUGAUAAUACUAUCGAUAACCGACGUAAGAAAGGUGAUCAAGGACAAGCAAGUUCUGAUCAAGGAGAGUUUGAAAAAUCAACAAAAUAUGAAAACCAGAGAUAUUCCGAUGAGUUUCAUGCACAAAUAGAACUUGAACCGAAGACUCAAAAUCCAUUAUCAUUUGUGCAAAACUCUGAUGCCAUUUACCAUAGUUUCGCUUCAUCUCACAUGUCAUUUGCAUCUAACAAUAUCAUUGCUCCAUCAUCAAUACAAAAGGCACCAAUAUUACAGCAAGUUGCAGCAAAACUUUCACCAUCAAAUGAUUCGAGAAUUAAUACAAAUAUGAACGAUAAUCUUUUAUCUAAUUUGAAUAUCCAUCAACUUCAACCACGACCGUUAUUUCCAAACAAUCAACACCAAAUUUCACCCGUUCAGUGCCGUUAUAACGUAGAUCAGAUGAAGAUAAUAUCAGCUCUUAACUCGUCCACAUAUCAAAGUCUCAAUUUACAGCCUGUUACCAAUCUUCAACAACCUCAACUAAAUAAUUCAACACUAGUCAAAACACCAAUAAAAGCAUUACAUUCUCCAGCUUCACCAUCGUGCUCAUCGAGCAUUGGAGUCAAACAAUCGGAUAUUGAUCAAACAAUCGAAGAUGUUAUUAGUGGCAAAGUUUUUUGUUCAUCUGUUGAUGUUUUGUCCAGCCCAUCCAAAGCAAAACGUGCAAAAGUUUUGUGCCAGUCUAUGCCAUCAUCACCUGAUAAACCAGCUAUAUUCUUUUCACCAAUACAAGGAAAUUCAUCUGUGUGGCAGCAGCCACAACAAUCAUCAUGUAAUUCAUCAACGCAUCAGAAUUUUACCAAUUUGUCACAUCAGGAAUUUUCUAAACUCGCUGAGCAACUAAUUUUACAGCCAUCCCUUGAAAACACUGCCACCUAUGAACAUAAAAAUAAUAAUACUUCACUCCAUAAAACUAUUGUUAACAACAAUAAAAUAAAGAAACAAAAACCAUUGGCGAAAAAAGAAAAAUUACGUAAAAUUGAACCACUUGUUCAAAUGUCUCCUCGUUCUCCAUCACCACCAUUUCAGACUACUACUACGACCACAACUACUAAAAAUUUGUUAACUAAUAUUUUAACCAAUCAGAGCGAAACAAGUCCUCAAGAAGAAGGUCAACAACAGCAAACAGUUGCGUUACCUACUCUACCGACACUUAAUAUAAUCGAUGUAUCGGUAUCGGAACCUUUGUUACCUUGGCCGUCAACUAUAUCAUCAUCUGAUUCUCAACAAAGCUCGAGUAUCAGCAUUUUACCCGAUACUAAUAAGAUUGAUGGUCGAACGACUUCUUCUUCGUCGCCAGCUGUUAUAUCAACAAGAACAAAUCAUCAGGAAGAAAAGAACAGUGAUACAUGGAAUUUUGGUUCAUUGUUUAGUACAACAUUUCAAUUAGUUGGGGAUUAUGCUGAAAUUGAUAAUAAUCAACAAGAACAUCAUCAUCUUCGUAAAAAUGAUACAGGUAUUUUAAAAUCAAUUCAAGAUCAAGAAGAAUCAAAUCAUCCAUAUUCUUGCACACGUCCACUACCGGCACCAUCACUUUCAUCUACCUCUUCAUGUUCCACAUCUGGAUUAAUAUCCGUCUCAGACAGUUUUCAAAAUAAAGAAAGUAAAUCGAAUAUUAACGAUGAGGAUUUGUACGAACAGUUUCUUAAUCCAUCACUACCAUGGCAUGAAACGCCAAUAAGAACAACAACAACAUCAGAAAGCCUUAUUAUCCCUAAUGAUGGAAAAAAUCAGCAAUAUUUAACGAAAAUGAAUACGCAAAUUCAUUCAGCACAAUCUCAACUGAUAGGUGAUAGCACACGACAAUUUCGUGAUUUAUUUUUGUCAGAGACUCCUCAAUUAUCAUCUCUUCCAGUGAACAACGACCAUAAAGAUGAUGUUCUUAGUGAAGUGUUGAAAAAUUCGUCGCCCAUUUCUGAUUGUUCUGAAAAACAAAUACUAUCACCUGCUGAUAAUCAAACGACAAAUUUUACGACUGACGUAAUAGGUGAUGAGUUUGAAUCACUCUUCUCCAUCUCAAAUUCUGCAAUUACUACUCAAAGUCUAUCGUUUUCUUCUUUACCAACAUCUGUAAAUAAAGCCACUAUCAACGAUAUUGACGAGGAAGAGAAUGAGUUUAACAUGUUUUUUACAAAUCAACCACAAAAGCAACGACCAUCAGUCUCACAAAAUUCUGACAUAGAACUAAAACAAUUAUUAUUACCACAAAAAUCAAAAACAAAACCAGUGUCCAUUGCUACAUCCAGAUCUACAUCAUCAUCAAUUGUUAAUAAGAAAAAAAUAACAACAACAACAUCAAAAUUAUCGAGCAAAACUGUUUUACCAAUCCCGUCAGCGUCACUAUCUUCAAUUUCCGUCUCUAAUAAGCCUUUGUCAACAUCAUUAGUAACUUCAACAUCUUCAAUGUUGACUAAUACAUCAGCAACCAAUUCCAGAGCACAACAAGAUCAAACAAAAGAGGCAACUGUAUCAUGUCCAAAAUGUUUAUCAGAUAAAUGUGUUGAUAUAACAAAAUUUGAUUUUCCUGAUUCAACAAAUAAAAAUUUUGGCGUGUGGGAAUGUAUGCGAUGUGGAAAUGAAAUUUUUAAAUCAAAUUUAACAGCUGAAGCAAGAAAACGAAAAAUUGAUAAAAUUGUGGCUGAUAUGGGUGAAUAUGAAUGCAAAUUUUGUCAUAUUUUAUACCACUCAAGUACUGAAUAUUGCGCUCAUCUAAGAACGUAUCAUGAAUCGUCCAGACCACUAAAUACAACAACAACGACAACAAAAAGUUCAUUUUCAUCAAAAUCAAAAAUUUAG